AUGGCAGCGGCCCUGAACGCUCUGGACGGGAUCGGUACCCAUACCGAUCAUGUGCUCAUCGUUACUACGAACAUCAAACCAGCCCUUGAUCCCGCUCUGACUCGUCCCGGCCGAAUUGACAACGAGUAUGAAUUUCUCAAUCCCGACACAUCGACUAUAGAAUCAUACCUCCGUUUCUUCUUUGAGGCGGAGUGUCCUAGCCCGGAUUCGACAAAGAGGCUUCAUGAACUGGCCGUGAGGUUUGCUGAAGCAAUUCCUCAUAGGUCGCUGGCUCCAGCUGUAAUUCAAGUCUACAGCUUUCAAUACAACGAAAUCCUGGAGGCAGUCGUUGCCAAUGUGGCCAAGCUGGUGCCAAGUCAAAAGGAUAUGCAUAGAAAGACGUUCUGA